GGGCCGGCCAGCAGAAACAGCGGGCUGCACAGCAUCACCUUCAGAUAUGACAACUGCACCACUUACCUGAACCCAGUGGGGAAGCACCUGAUUGCUGACGCCCAGAACAUCACCAUCAGUCAGUACGCCUGCCACGACCAGGUGGCUGUCACCAUCCUUUGGUCUCCAGGGGCCCUCGGCAUCGAAUUCCUGAAAGGAUUUCGGGUCAUACUGGAGGAGCUGAAGUCGGAGGGAAGACAGUGCCAACAACUGAUUCUCAAGGACCCGAAGCAGCUCAAUAGCAGCUUCAGAAGGACCGGGAUGGAAUCUCAGCCUUUCCUGAAUAUGAAAUUUGAAACGGAUUACUUCGUCAAGAUUGUCCCUUUUCCUUCCGUUAAAAAUGAAAGCAAUUAUCACCCCUUCUUCUUCCGAACCCGUGCCUGUGACCUGUUGCUGCAGCCGGACAACCUGGCCUGCAAGCCCUUCUGGAAGCCUCGGAGCUUGAACAUCACCCAGCAUGGAUCAGACAUGCAGGUGUCCUUCGACCACGCGCCCCACAACUUCGGCUUCCGCUUCUUCUACCUUCAUUACAAGCUCAAGCAUGACGGACCCUUUAAACGAAAGAUCUGUCGGCAGGAGCGGACUACGGACACAACCAGCUGCCUCCUUCAGAACAUCUCUCCGGGGGAAUAUGUAAUUGAGCUGGUGGACGACACCAACACAACCAGAAAGGUGGUGCAUUACGCCUUCAGACCCGUGCACUCCCCCUGGGCCGGGCCCAUCCGAGCUGUGGCCAUCACCGUGCCACUGGUUGUCAUCUCCGCGUUUGCCACGCUUUUCACCGUGAUGUGUCGCAAGAAGCAACAAGAAAAUAUAUAUUCACAUUUAGAUGAAGAGAGCCCCGAGUCCUCUGUGUACACCACAGCACUGCCUAGAGAGCGGCUGCGGCCACGGCCCAAGGUCUUCCUCUGCUACUCCAGCAAAGACGGCCAGACCCACACCAACGUCGUCCAGUGCUUCGCGUACUUCCUGCAGGACUUCUGCGGCUGUGAGGUGAUUCUGGACCUGUGGGAAGACUUCAGCCCCCGCCGCGAAGGGCAGCGAGAAUGGGUCAUUCAGAAGAUCCACGAGGCCCAGUUCAUCAUCGUGGUCUGCUCCAAGGGCAUGAAGUACUUUGUGGACAAGAAGAACUACAAGCACAAAGGCGGGGCGCGGGGCCCAGCGAAGGGGGAGCUCUUCGUGGUGGCGGUGGCGGCCAUCGCCGAGAAGCUGCGCCAGGCCAAGCAGAGUGGCGCGGCGCUCAGCAAGUUCAUCGCCGUUUACUUCGACUACUCCUGCGAGGGGGACGUCCCUGGCGUCCUGGACCUGAGCACCAAGUACAAGCUCAUGGACCACCUCCCCCAGCUCUGUUCCCACCUGCACUCGCGAGAGCAGCGCCUCCCCGCGCGAGACCACCGCCCCCCGGAGCAUGCGCUGUACCCCGGCGGUGGCAGCUACGGCUACGUCAGCCGGCGGAACUACUUCCGGAGCAAGGCGGGCCGCUCCCUCUACGUCGCCAUCUGCAACAUGCACCAGCUCAUCGACGACGAGCCCGACUGGUUCGAGAAGCAGUUCGCGCCCUCCCACCCGCCCCCGGCCCGCGCGCGCGAGCCGGCACUGCAGAAGUUCGACUCGGGCCUCGUCUUGAACGACGUCACAUGCAAGGCCGGGGCCGAGGGCAGCAGUUUCUGCCUGAAGGCCGAGGCGGCCAUGGGCGGGCCGAUCGCACGGCCCCAGCAUCUCGGCCUGGACGAAGAGCCCGAGGCCCGGGCCAGCCCCGAGGGCAGCGCUGCCCUGCGGCCCCUGCUGCACUUGGUCAAGGCCACCGGCCCUUCGGACAUGCCGCGGGACUCGGGCAUCUACGACUCGUCCGUGCCCUCGUCUGAGCUGUCCCUGCCGCUGAUGGAAGGGCUCUCGACGGACCACACGGAGACCUCCUCCCUGACAGAGAGCGUGUCCUCCUCCUCCGGCCUGGGUGAGGAGGAGCCUCCUGCCCUUGCCUCCAAGCUCCUCACCUCUGGGGCGUGCACAGCAGAACUCGGGUGCCACAGCUACACUGAAGAACUCCACGCCGUCGCCCCUAUGUGAAGAUCGGAAGAAGCACAGAAGCAUUGCCACUUUAGCUGCCGCCUCUCCUGGCUCUCUGGCGCCCCCUCUGGUUGUGUGGCCCACUCUGCCACUGGGGUCUUGAACCAGGAUGUUCUGAGUGAAAUGUUGGCCAGUCCUUGCUCCCCCUGCCCCGAAUCGUCCCUGAUACCUUGGCCAAGCACCCAACCCUGCGAGCUCUAAGGUGCACAUCCAUAGGCCAGGCCUGGGAACCUGUGGCCAACCAUGUGAGGUUGGUCCUGACAUUCAGACCUGCUCCAGGGACGGUGAGGAGAUGAGUAAAGAGAAACCGGAAGAUGUGUACACGGAUUGUUCCAAUUCAGUUAGCCUCAGCUGGCGCCUUUGAUUUGAAAUGCUUCGUGGAGAAAGUACAUGCAGGGUCCCAGCAGCCACAAAAUCAGGAGCGAGUCUCUCUUUGCUCCUGUCUUCAUGUGUUAGGGGUGACUUGGCUGCUUGCGGGGCUCUGGGGCUGGCCAGACUGGCCUUUGUAACCCAUCUGUCCCGCUGGGUGGGUCAUCAUGCACAAGAUACUACAGCACCUGGAGCCCUUCCUCCAUCCGAAUUGGGGUCGUGCGGAGCCUCGUCCGGCAGCCAGGUGUCUGUCCCCAGGUUCCAUCUGCUUCACAGUCUCCUCAAAGUUGGGGCCCAGCUGGAGGUUCAAAGUUUGGGCUUGGAACAGUCGUCAGCCCAUGUGCUGUGUGCUGGGGACAUGCAACUGGCAUGGGCAUGGUGGCAACAACUCUGAACCCAUGUGGGCAAGGACAGGCCUUGGUUAAAGCAGGUAGAACACCGAAUGUGCCCUUUGAUUACCUUCUGAAGAAGACCCAGAAGUGCUUGGAUCAACCAAGUUCACUUUGUAUUUCUGAGGUGUUUGUCUCUGCUCCGUCCUUCCCCAAAGUAGACAGGGUUUUAAGAGGCACGCAUUUGCUAUAAAAAGGAAAAGUUGCAUGCUC